AUGAGUGGCGGCGAUGUAGAAUCCGGAUACGGGUUCGGGUCCGGGCCCGAAUUUGGCCCGGGAAAGAUCGUAAAAGAUUUGGAUGAAGUCGGGUUUGUUGUGGGAGAUUGGGAGUUUCUUGGAGCCGUGACGGUUCCAGAAGAUAAAGGGUUUGAUUUGGAGGUGGAAGGUGGGGGUGGUGGUGGUGGUGGUGGAAGUGGUGUCGCCGUCGUCGUCGGUGGUGGGGGAGGGGAGGAGGUGGAGGUGGAGGGAGCGGGUGAAGAGGGUGCGGGACCAGGUGAGGGCGAAGAUGCCGAUGUGGGUGUGGUAGAGGGUGGUGGUGAUGUUGGGUUUGGAGGAUGGUGGUGGUGGUGGUGGGGAGUGGUGGCGGGUGGUGGUGGGACGGCGGUGGUCGGUUGA